AUGAACGUGGUUGCGGAGCGUACAAAAAGACUACAUAAACAGAAUAUAGAAAGAGCAAGAGUACAUAAUAAUAAUCUUUAUGAACAACAGUUAGCUUAUAGUAGGCAAUUAACAGAUCAAGGUCUUGUCAGAACAACAUCGGUACUUCAGCGAACCGAAUUAUCUUUAAAUUUAGAAUUAGAACCUGAACCAUUACCAGCACAUCAAAGGGAAGAAUUGGAUUUGUUGGGUCGUUUCUUGUGCAUACCCGAUGAACGCAACGAAACCACUGAGAAUAAUUGA